CGACCUCAACUCAACGAGGGAACAACUUCGAUGUUGAGUCUUCAUGACAUUUUUGAAUCGUGCGUCUCCAACCUGCCAGACAGACAGACAGACAGGCAGACAGCUCUUCCAUCCAUCCAUCCAUCCAGCAAACCCAGCCAGACAGCAGCCAGCCAGCCAACCAACCAACCAAGCAGCCAACCAGUCAUUCAACCGCUAGUCAACCAGCCAAACUUUGAAGUCACUCCACCCCGCCAUUUCAAGAUGAAGACCUGGAUGUUGCUCCUGCCGACGACGCUGGUGUUGAUCAUCUCGCUGGACGUCGCCCGAUCUUUUGAAUGUCCUGAGUCAGUCAAAUCUGACUGUUUAGAGACACAAAAUAAGGAAAGGGUCGUGGUGGCCCACCCGACCGACUGUAGCAAAUACUGCAAGUGUCUUGGAGGUGAUCCACAAAUCACUUUAGAGAGACAAUGUGAUCUAAACAAUCUUUGGGACACCAUGAAGAACAAAUGUAUUUUGAAAAUUUUUGUUGACUGUGGCCGUCGUCUUAUACCAGGGAAAAAUAACUAAUGAACCUCUUGAUAAUGUUCCUCGUCAAGGCCAUCCUUCAAGACCCUGCCAAUCCUCGUCAAACUGCAUGAAUAAUUAUCGUGCCGAUCCUCCAACGCCUACACAAAAUGCCGUCAAACUUCACAAUACGACAUCAAACUGUGCAUCAACAACUCCAUCAGACUGCACACCACCCCCAUCAAACCAUGCAACAACACCCUCAUCAAACUACCUAGCAACAACCCUGUUAAACUGUACAGAAACACCCCGUCAAACUGUGCAGUAAUACCCCGUCAAACUGUGCAGUACUACCCCGUAAAAUUGUGCAGUAGUACCCCGUCAAACUGUGCAGCAAUACCACCCCAAUCUGUGCAGUAGUAACCCGUAAAACUGUGCAGUAAUACCCCCGUCAAACUGUGCAGUACUACCCCGCCAAACUACACGACAGCACCCACCAUAGAACUGCACAGCAACAUCCUUGCCAUACUGCACAUCAACACCCCUGUCAAAUUGGGCAUAAAUUCUUCACCAAUCUGUCCAUAAAUAUCCACGUUAAAUUGUUCAGUUUCAACCCCGUCGAACUGCGCAUUACCCACGUCCUAUAUCGGUAUAUGUAAUGUUCUGAAAAAGCUUUGGUUAAUGGUUAAGUGCUUUUAAUUAACUGUAUAUAUCAAUAUCGUUGUUAUUAUUAUUAUUAUUA